CCCCCCCGGGUCGCGCGGGGCCAGCCCGGCUGCGUGCUCUGCUGCACGCGCUCUGCCGCCGCCCGCGCCUUGACGGGCACGUAGGCGCUGCUUAAAGGGGCAACGCGGCCGGGCCCGCUGCCGCCCGGGACGUGCCAGCUGCUGGGCGGCGCCCGCGUCUCCUGAGCCGCCGCCGCCGGCCAACCGCGCGGGUGUCCGCCCCGCGCCUCGCGGGUGCUCCGGGGGCGGGCGGCGCUGUGCGGGCCCCAGAAGCCGGGGCGUUGCCGUUUUAAGGGCCGGGGCGCCGGUGCCGGUGGUUUUAUUUACAUGGGGGCUCGCGGGCGUCACGUGACGGGCGGGCGGGGGCCGGGCUGAGCGCGCGGCGACCGGGGGCCAUGGCGUCCGCUGGCGACGACGGCUCCUGGGUGGAGCUGCGCUGCGGCCCGGGGCGCCCCGACCCCGCGGUGUCGCGGUUCUCCUCCCGCCACGCCGACGUGGAGCGGAUGCUGCUGGAGGCCCAGCUGGAGACGGAGAGCGCGGACAGCCCCCUGCUCGUGCCGAGCUCCCCAGCCCGGGAGGACGUCGGCGGGUGCCCCGGGGACCGAGAGCCGCCCCCUGCCUGCAGCCGGCCCCAGCCCGGCUGCGCCCACCCCGCGCAGCGGGACGCGCCGGAGGAGGCCGAGCGCCGGGAGCGGCACUUGCCGGCAUCCCUCGCCUGGGCCUGCGCCCGCCGCCGCCAGCGUCUGUCUCCCAAGGACCUCGCCUGCGUGUGCUCCCCCCCGCCGGCCCUGUGGAGCCUCCAGGGAGGCUCCGUGGGGAGGAAGAAGAGGCUCUUCAGUUCGGAGGUGCUGCUGCUCUUCAUCCCCUCGCUGCUGCUCAGCCACCUGCUGACCCUGGGCCUGGGAAUCUACAUCGGGAAGCGGCUGGCAGCCUCCUCGGCAAACCCGCUGUGAAGAGCUGGGCGCAGCGAGACCGGCGGCUCCACCACCCCGCUCCUCCGCUCGGCGUGCGGAGGGAGCCCGGGCACCAGCGCAGCCCGUCCGCUCGCAGACUUGGUGUUCGAGCACCGGGCACCGUCUCCCUUCGUCCCCUCCCUGGCUCUGGCCUAGGGAGCCGAUCCCUCCCCUCCCCUGUAGCCGGAAACCCCGACGGCGGCUCCCUGCUGCAGCAGCCCCUGCUCUCCCCAUCUCAGCUGUGGGUCCAGGGUCCUCCUGUUCAAUACAGCAGACUGUAAAUGCGG